AUGGGUUCUGUUUUGCAUGAUGUUGAGGAUUCAGAGAAAAUAAAGAUGCUUAAUCACCAUAGUGAAAAGCUUGCAAUUGCUUUUGGGUUGAUAUUUAUUCAUCCUGGUUUGCCAAUACGAGUAGUUAAAAAUUUAAGGGUUUGUGGAGAUUGCCACAAUGCAACUAAGUAUAUAUCUAAGAUCACUCAGAGGGAGAUUCUUGUUAGAGAUGCUGCCCGAUUCCACUUGUUUAAAGAUGGAACAUGGUUCUUCCAUAUGAAGAGACAUGUGAUGCCUCUUUCUUCGAAAGUUGAGUAUCAUUACCAAGCCUGCAAUGCAGUUGUGUUGACUAUCCUAAAUAUAAAUGGGUGCAAAUCUUAUUGCGUUGUUGAUGAAGAGGAGGAAUCAGCGUUGGCGUUGCCACUGCUUGGAAGCAGAGAAAGAGAUGAUGGGUCUGGGUCAGGGUCUGAAUCGAAGUCAAAGGCAUCAGUUAGUGGUUCUGUGUUCAAUUUAUCAACGACGAUCAUCGGUGGUGGGAUCAUGGCCUUACCUGCAGCCAUGAAAGUUGUCGGUGUGGUUGUGGUCGUUGCUGCCAUCAUCUUCCUUGCCUUCCUCACACACACCUCUCUGGAGAUUCUUCUCAGAUUUAGCAGAGUUGCCAAGGCCUCCACCUACGCCCACCUCAUGGGGGGUGCUUUUGGGAGUUAUGGAACUCUGCUUUUUCACUUGUCGGUGCUUCUCAACAACUUUGGCAUACUUGUUGUCUACGUCAUCAUAAUUGGUGAUGUCUUGUCUGGAACAUCUUCAAGUGGAGUCCAUCAUUUUGGGGUGCUUGAGGGUUGGUUUGGUCAGUGCUUGUGGACUGCUCGUACUUUUGUUCUUCUUCUCACAGCUCUGUUCGUAUUUGCUCCAUUGGGUUUCUUUAAGAGGAUAGGUAACUAUACUACACAUUAG